AUGGCUCGCAAGAUCCUGUGCGUGGCAGAGAAGCCUGCCAUUGCGCGUGCCGUCGCCACGCACUUGUCAGGCGGCUCGUUUCAGACUCACGCAAUCCGAGGCAAUCAAUAUGUCAAGAACUAUGAGUUCGACUUCAAUUUCGGUGAACCAUGGGGUAACUGCUCGGUGACCAUGACCAGCGUGAUCGGUCACCUCACUGGCCUGGAUUUUGAUCGUCAGUACAAGGGCUGGAUGUCCUGUCCACCAGGAGCUCUAUUUGAGGCGCCGGUGCAAGAAGAUGUGGAUAAGGACAAAUUGCCCAUUGCAGAGAACAUUCGGAACCAGGCCAGGUAUAGCAAAGCAUUGUUCAUCUGGACCGAUUGUGAUCGAGAGGGCGAGCACAUUGGCGCUGAAGUGCGUAACCAAGCAAAGGCUGGCAAUUCUCGAAUUGAAGUUAAGCGAGCCAGGUUCAGCAACACGGAAAGAGCUCACGUUCUCCGUGCCGCUCGGGAGCCAGUUGAGCUUGAUGAAUUCCAGGCAAAUGCCGUGGCCGCUCGGAUUGAGCUUGAUCUCCGAAUUGGUGCUGCCUUCACCCGUUUGCAGACCCUCCAGCUUCAGGCCGUGGUAGCAGUCUUGAAGGAAAAGGUUAUUAGCUACGGCUCAUGCCAGUUUCCCACGUUGGGGUUCGUGGUCGAUCGGUAUCUCAGAGUCCAGAACUUCAAACCAGAGACCUUCUGGGGCAUCAAGGUUAUGCUUCAACGAGAAGGCAAGAAGGUCAAUUUUCUCUGGAAACGUGUGCAUCUCUUCGACCGCGCAGCUGUCACGAUGAUGUUGGAACGAUGCCUUAUAGCUAAGCAGGCGAAGGUUACAGAAGUGAAUCAGAAGCCUAAAAGCAAAUGGCGACCUCUUCCCUUAACAACAGUGGAUCUCCAAAUGAUGGGCAGUCGUUUUCUCCGUCUGGACAGUCAAACAAUUAUGAAGGUCGCCGAGGCGCUCUAUACAAAGGGAUACAUCAGUUAUCCCCGUACCGAAACAGAUCAAUUUGACAAGGCCAUCGAUCUAAAGAAACUUGUGGAAAAGCAAUUUCCAGAUGGUCAAUGGGGUCAAUACGCGAAGGAUCUUAUCGACGGCAAAUUCCGAACCCCUCGCUCUGGUCGUCACAACGACAAAGCCCAUCCGCCCAUUCAUCCUGUUUGCUGGGUCUCACCCAGCCAAUUAAACAGCAACGAAAAAAAAGUGUACGAAUUCGUGGUUCGCCGGUUCCUGGCUUGCUGCUCCGAUGAUGCAAAAGGCCAGGGUACUGAUAUUGAAAUCCAAUAUGGAGAAGAAAAAUUUCACGCCAAUGGCCUGAUUGUGCUGGAGAGGAACUAUCUUGAUGUUUACGUCUAUGACAAAUGGGAAAGCAGUCAGCAGCUUCCUAACUUCGAGAGAGGCGAGCUCUUUGAACCGACCGAGGCCAAUAUUUAUGAGGGCAAAACUACGGCCCCGAGCUACCUGACGGAGCCCGAGCUCAUUGGUCUCAUGGACGCCAACGGAAUUGGCACUGAUGCGACAAUGGCGGAACACAUUGCCAAGAUCAAAGAACGUGAAUACGUCGUGGUACAUCCCCGUGGUAGCGGUCGGAGUAAGGUUGAAGAGCUUAUCCCGACUCGCCUUGGCAUUGCACUUGUGGAGGGGUACGACAAUGUCGUCGCGGGUCUUCCAAACAGUAUCUCCCUCAGUAAGCCUUUCCUUCGGAAAGAAAUGGAACUGCGGAUGCUCGAGAUCUGCGCGGGCUCUAAAACCCGUCAGGAGGUGGUGCAGCAGAGUCUGGACAUGUACCGCGAAGUCUUCAUUCACACCCAACGACGCAUCGAGAUGCUGAAAGCCGCGUGCCGGAAGUACCUGAAUGAGUAA